AUGAAGAUUGAGCUCCAAUUGAUUGCCUCCACACUAUUUCGGUUAUCUGCAAUUCAUGUCUUCUUUCUCAAGUUGUGUUCAGAAGGUCCCAUCACCACCAAUGCUACCCCCUUAGGAAAUGAAACGGAUAGACUGGCCUUGCAGCUCAAGAAUGCGAUAACUAACGAUCCUUUGGGAGCUCUAAGUUCCUGGAACGAGUCUCUCCAUUUCUGGAACCUCACAUUUCUUCGUUCCAUUGAACUUGGAGAUAACAAAUUCCACGGUGCGAUCCCCCAAGAAGUGGGUCGUUUGCUCCGUCUACGAUAUAUCAACCUUUCCCAUGCCAAUUUUGAAGGAGAAAUUCCAAGCAAUCUGACCAACUGCUACAAUCUCAAAGUGCUUGACUUAUCAAGAAACAACCUUACCGGAAAAAUCCCCUUCGAGUUGGAUUCUUUGUCCAAGCUUUCUGCACUGAUUCUUAUUGCAAAUCACUUGACUGGAAAAAUUUCACCUUCUUUUGGGAACCUGUCAUCGCUCCAAGCUCUUUAUCUAGUGGAUAAUAGCUUGGAGGGAAGCAUUCCAAAGGAUCUCGGCCGAUUGACAAGAUUAUCAAAUCUCUAUGUUGGUGCAAAUGAGUUGUCUGUGGAUAUAGGACUCACUAUGCCAAAACUAAAAUUACUUAUUUUCGGAGCAAACAAUUUCACUGGGUCUAUUCCAGUUUCCUUGUUCAAUAUUUCGGGACUUAAAUUUCUUGAUCUUGCCGAAAACAACUUCUCUGGAUCAGUCCCUCUUAAUAUUGGUAGACUUCAAAAUCUUCGGUCUCUAUAUCUUUUUUACAAUCAGUUUGGAACAGGGCAAGCUCAUGAUCUAGCUUUUCUUACUGAGCUCACCAACUGUAGUAAUCAAGAAAUAUUGCAACUACAGAACAAUAACUUUGGAGGUUCUUUGCCCAAAGUUAUAGCUAAUCUGUCAACCCAACUCACAAUACUAGCACUUGGACAGAACCAACUCUUUGGAAGCUUACCUUCAGGUAUCGGGAACCUCAUGAACUUGACUGGUUUAAGCAUGGAGACAAACUUACUUGGAGGUAGCAUUCCAACUGCUAUCGGAAAGCUACAAAAACUACAGUCGUUGUUCAUGGGUGGAAAUAGAUUCUCAGGAGAGAUCCCAUACUCUCUAGGCAAUAUCACUUCUUUGAUUGAACUUCACAUGGAAGAAAACCAUCUUACUGGUAGAGUUCCUUCUAGUCUUGGAAAUUGCCAAAACUUACUAGCAUUAACCCUUCAUUCUAACAAUCUUAAUGGAUCCAUACCAAGACAAGUUAUUGGUCUUUCUUCUCUAACGAUGAUCCUCAACUUAUCUUACAACUCUCUUUCUGGUUCUCUACCAUUGGAAGUAGGAAAAAUGAAAAAUAUUGGAAUACUAGGCAUCUCCGAAAACAAUUUAUCUGGUGAAAUUCCUGUAACAAUUGGUGAUUGUUCUAGUUUGGAGCACCUUUACUUGGAGGGUAACUCCUUCAAUGGCACCAUUCCUGAAUCUUUGGGUCUAUUGAAGGCUAUUCAAGAUCUAGAUCUUUCACGGAACAACUUAUCAGGGCAGAUUCCAAGGAUUUUUGAAAACCUUCAUCUCUUACGGAAUUUGAAUCUGUCUUUCAAUAGUCUUGUGGGUGAGGUACCAACAAAAGGAGCUUUUGCAAAUGCAAGUGCAACUUCAGUGGUUGAAAAUUAUAAGCUUUGUGGGGGCAUCCCUGAACUACAGUUGCCGAGCUGCUCGUCAGCUUCCACUAAAGGAGGAGGAAAAUCUACUAUUUCCAGAGUACUAAUUGUAGUAGUUGUUGGGGUUGUAUGCCUUUUCUUGCUACUGGUUUUUCUAGUUCUUUACUGGAAGGAAAUUUCCAAAAGGAAAUCUUCUAAUAGGCCUUCAAUGAGCGAUCAACAUUUAAAGGUUUCUUACAAAGAACUACUUCAAGCUACUAGUGGAUUCUCUGAGUCUAAUUUCAUUGGCUCUGGUAGCUCUGGUUUAGGGUAUAAAGGAAUUCUGAAUCAAGGAAUGACAAUUGCAGUAAAGGCAAUGAUUUCAAAGCCUUGGUUACAUCCUGACAGAGAUGCACAGAAUGAGGAGUGGAGCUUAAACAUUCUUCAGAGAAUAAAUAUUGCAAUUGAUGUGGUAUCUGCAUUGGAUUAUCUUCAUAACCACUGUCACACACCAAUUAUUCAUUGUGAUUUAAAACCAAGCAAUGUUCUUCUUGACAAUGAUAUGACUGCCCAUGUAAGUGAUUUUGGUCUAGCAAGGUUAAUUCCACAAUACACAAAUUAUCCUUGCCACAACCAGACCAGCUCAUUUGGACUGAAAGGGACCAUUGGCUAUGCUGCUCCAGAGUAUGGUACAAGCGAUAAAGCGUCAAAACAGGGGGAUGUCUAUAGUAGCUAUGGGAUCUUGUUAUUGGAGAUGUUCACCGGGAAAAGACCAACAGAUGAAAUGUUCAAAGAUGAUUUAAACCUCCACAAAUUUGCAAAAAUGGCUUUGCCUAAACAAGUGAUAAGGAUCUUAGACCCAAUACUUAUAUCAAACCAAGGGGGAGAAGAAAUAGAAAAUGGAGGUAUCACAAACUUUGGAAAUUGCAAUUUGGUAAUGGAUAAAAUGCAAGACUGCAUUGCUUCCAUAAUGAGAAUUGGAGUCCUAGUAAACGAAUGGAUAUAA